AUGAAGAAGAAAUCCGUCUACACCAGCAUCACUCCCAUUCCCUCGCACAUCCCCCGUCAGCUGGCCAUUGACAUGUUGCACAGUCAUGGCGAAAUCAUCGAGCUGAAUCCCCUCGUCAUCGGCUACAAACCCAUCAAAGCCCCUCAGACUGCGCCCGCCGACGAGUUCUUCUCCACAUGGUAUGAGAUCAAUGAGCGGAUUCAGUAUGUCCCGGGCAUAGGAAAGGCAGGAGCAGGCAAGAUAUCCUUCAAAGGCUGUUUUCAUGACAUGCCGUGGGGUCUGCAGACACAUGUCUAUGCGCCCAUGGGCGUGGACCUGCGCAACAAAUGGCAGAUUCGAGGCAACCAACCCGGCGAGCCUCCCGAGUCGAGGGAACUGGGAAGCAAUGCUCCUCCCGAGGGUCUCUAUCUCCGCGAAGACAUUGAAAUCAAGUGCAACCCCGCCAUGGUUUCGUUUGUAAAGAAAGAGAUGAAGGCGGCGUCAAAGACCAUGGUUGACCGCUUGGUGAAGAAAGCAGAACUGAUCGACGCUGGCGCACUGAGUGCAAUGAUGGAAGAUGGCAGACUCAAGACCUUGAAUCCUGCAGAUCGCUCACAGACCUUCCAACAACAUGGCCAUUAUUCGCCGUCCAUGCUCUCACCCAUUCCCCAGUCCGGGUUCCCCCAAUCCCCCGCUGUCCCAACAUUCCAACAGUCCGCAUAUGCAAGACAAUCCAUGUACGGCUCACCUGGCCCACAGUACUCGCCAGUACCGCCUGCUCAAGGCCUCGCGAUUGAAAUGGAAGGAAGUACACAUUUUAUUCAGGCACCACCGCCUCAACAGCAGCAACAACUGCAUCCGCACUCGAACAGAUUCUCGUCCGCAGUCUCUGAACUGUCGGCAAGCUCCCCGAACCAGAGCGACUUUCCGCAGAACAGCAGCCAGUCAGACCGGCAAAGCUAUGCAGAGUCUGUCAGCUCGAUGCCGAGCUCUGUACCCCACGGCGGAAUGGCCUCUCCUGGCAUGGAGAAGCGAGCUUUCCUGGCGGAGUUACCAGCUGGUGGCGCACAUGCACCGAACAGGUCGCCCAGGAGCUCGGACCCGAAUGCAAUGUCGGCGCAAGCUCAACAGCAACAAUACCGAUAUAACCCUCAGGAUUAUGCCCGGAUGUCAUGA